AUGGCGACAACUACUGAGAGCACGCCCACAGCCGGCGCAAAGCCGUUUGACAUCGUUGCGACGUACAAUGAGCUCCUACGCUCCGAUCCCGACCUUACCAUGCCCAUCGCGGCUAUUGAAGCUCUCGUGCUGCUUCUCACACAUUCACCAUCCUCGACAAUCUCCGAAACCCUUGAUCUCCUGGCACAAUCUACCGCCCACCUGAAAAAAGCCAUCCCCAACCCAAUUGGUCUCUCGGCCGGAACCGAUCUCUUCCAGCGAUACUUGAUUACCACAUUACAACGACCCGGGCAGCUGGGGCCCGCUGGUGACUUCAAAGCUAUCCGAACACAUCUUCUGUCGAACGGGCGACUGUUUAUUAGACGCGCCAAGGAAAGUCGUGAAAAGAUCGUGGCAUUUGGACGAGGAUUCAUUCGCGAUGGUUGCACAGUACUCACGAAUGGUGGAUCCAGAGCUGUCGCGUCUCUGCUACAGAAGGCGGCCGACGAGGAGGGAGGCCCUUCAGCGGUCCGUUUCCGAGUCAUUUACGUCCUGUCGUCCAUCAGCAAGAAAACAGCAGAGGCAUGUGGUGAGCCGGAGGGUAUGGAAACAGUGCGUGCGCUGAGGGCGAAGGGCGUGCCGGUGUCGACAAUCCCGGAGUCAGCGGUGGCAUACGCUCUCGGAAAGGCGGAUAUGGUCAUUGUCGGUGCUGAAGGUGUUGUGGAGAACGGAGGUAUCGUGUCCCGCAUGGGUACCUACCAAAUCGGCCUGCUGGCCAAGGCUAUUGGAAAGCCGUUCUACUGUGUGGCUGAGAGCCAUAAGUUCGUUCGUCUUUACCCGCUUGGCCAAUAUGACCUGCCCAUCGAGCAGCACGUCAUUGAUUUCAAGUCUGAGGAAGACAUUGCCGAACAAAGCCAGCAGCCGGUCGAUACAGGUGUCGACCGCCCGGUUGAGUUGGAAUCAGUGGACUUUACUCCUCCGCAUCUCAUUUCGGCUCUGAUUACCGAUAGUGGUGUUCUGACACCUAGUGCAGUCAGUGAGGAACUGAUUAAGAUUUGGUUCUAG